GGUGGUGGCUGGAGGCGGAGACUGGCGGAAACGCAACGCCACCCGCGCGCGGUCACAGUCACAGCAGUCACAGUAGUUCGCACAGCAUUGCUUCGCAUUUCACUGAAAGUUAGGAAUCACACAUACUAAACGCCUUUAGAACUAUGAGAAGUUGAUGUGUGCGGCCCAGAGAGUGACCUGUAUUCGUGGUUAGUAAAGAGUUUGCAAUGCCUCCUGUACUACCAGCUGACGUCCUAGAGGAAGGAGGCUCAGACGAUGACGCUGGUAGUCACCAGCCUGCUGCCUACCACAUGCAUGACUCGUCAGACUCAGAAUCUGAGUUCGGCGACGGAGACGCCAAUGUUUACAGCGGCUAUGAACUUCUUCCUCAAGAACCCGAAACUGAAAAUCAAGGCGAUAGGGUAAUUAUGGAAGCAUUAAGCGACUCGCCUAACAUCCUGGAUCACGCUCCUGUGCAGUCAGUAUUUGAUGAGGCCUUUUCUGCUCCCCCAAACGAAUGGAGACCAACAGAAGAUAUGCUCAAGCCAGUGGAACCUCGCCGAGUAGAACCUAUGGAUGAUGAUCACAUAGCAAAGAUAAAAGCAGCCAUGGUUCAGGUUUCUCUGCCCAGUUCCCAUGUGCCAGCAUGGGCAAAUGAUAUUCCAGAAGAAGAGUGGAAGAAAAGGCUGUACGAACGACUUCAGGCGCAGCCUUCAUCGUAAACCAGUACAGUCAUUCCAGUGAUUCACAGCAAGCUCUGACGGAAUUGCUGUGGGUAUGAGCGGUAAAUUCGAGAAACUUUUGAGACCUUCAUGAUUUUGGCAUAAAUUGACAGUAAGGACAGUGUAAAGUUAUUUUUAUGCUCGUUCUGGUUACUGUUUGAAACAGGCGAAUAAUAUAAAGGUGACGUGACAAAAUAAAGGGUGCGUUGCAGAGAAGUGUAAAGCAGUCAGGUCGUAAAAAGUUAUUUCCAAGAUAUGUUUAGUUACUUUGUUUAUUAAUUAACUGCUAUCGAGAGUAUCCAAUAAAGCUACUUUUCAGGUACUAAAAACACAACAAAAGCAAUUGCACUGCAGACAUAGUGAAAGGUAAUCUCAUGUUCACUGCACGUUACUGGUAUUACGAUGGACAGCCAGGAAAGCAGUCGGCAGACAAAGUAGAGAAAGAACAGGCCGGGAUUGAGCACUUGAAGCACCAUGAUAUACCUUCUGAGUUGCUUUUUAUUUGCAAGUAACAAAACAAAUCUCCAACAAAGUACAUAUUCGCGGGAACUAUGCGGAAGAUAUUCAAAGUAUUACUGUGCAGAUUAAAUGAGCAGGCCAUCUUAGAGCAAUCCUUGCAAUGCUACAACGUUGUUAUAGACAUUCAGAGAGAAGUGUUUGUGGUGUUGCAAUAGGCGAUUUCAGAUAUUGCCCUUGUGCUCCGCACGGGGGCCCUCCGUCGCCCAAGUCACGCGCAUCGCGCAAUGCGUCGUGGGAAAUGGUUUACAUUCGUGCUCGUCUGCCUGUUGCUCGAAGGUGCGGGAGGUGAAGGAGAGAGAAAACCGAAACCGUUUGCGCUCCUCUUCUUCUCUCUGACUCAUGAAAACUAAAUCCCAAGGUGCAGCGGGGCUUUCGCAACACUGCGCUCCCUGGUGGGCCAUCCAUGCAAUUUCUGAAAUCGUCUAUUUUCACACAACUUGGUAAAAUCUUUAAAAAAAAAACCAGUGCCGGGGAACAUGAAAAGGACAGAACGAUAAAAUGCAGUGCUGUGUUGUGUCGUUUGUUUUAUCGUUCUGCCCUUUUAAUGUUCCCCGGCACUGGGUUCUUUUUAAAGAUUUUACCAAGUAUGAUAUAUCAACCAGCCCACACAGUCUCUUUGUUUAAUGUUUCACACAACCGAGACGAAAUCGGUCUGGCAGUAGGCUUUCGACCGUGAGGUUUUGCAAGCUCUCAGAGUUUCAGUGCCACAAGCUGGCAACACAGCUCGAGUGCUUUGACUAUCUGUGUACAUGCCUUCGUCAAUCAGUCAAUGUGUACAUGCCCUCAUAUUUUGUGGUCUUGGGCAAAACAAACAGACAGAGAUGCAAUUUUGGUGUGGACUUUAUACACUGAAACAUUUUUGCACUGAGUGUGGCUCACAUAACAUUUUGCAAAGAUGUCCUUUCCUGAAAUCGUCUCUCAAGGAGCAGUGGUAAAAGAAAGAGCGUGUACUCUUUCAGUGUUUACUUGCUUGCCGCGAAGAUAAACAAUGUACCUUGUUGGCCUUUUUGCAGUAGAACCAUUUAUAUGCUAAUCUGUCCGUCGGUUCACCAGAAAAAGCGUGAAGUAUGCCCAGUUCAAAAAUUCACAGAGAGGAAGAGUUAGUAUGACCUGUCAUAGCCCGAGUCGUGGCACAGUGGCGAAACGACUGUUCCAGGCUGUCCAGGUCCACACAUAGGCUCGGACAACAUUUUGUUUGUGUGCUGAUGGUGAUGGUUGUGUAGCAUCAAAACAUUGUCAAGCACUUGUAUGGAAUACAGUACAGGAAUAUGU